ACUACUGUCAACAAAGUCUUUUUUCCUCUCUUCUUCGUUUUCUUUUUCUUUAGGGUUUCUGUUUUGUCAAUUUUACAGAAAAAGAGAAGAAAAAUAAUUUGCGAAAAUGGCAGAGCAGUUGACGGAGGAGCAGAUCGCCGAGUUCAAGGAAGCUUUCAGCCUCUUUGAUAAGGAUGGCGAUGGCUGCAUCACUACAAAGGAAUUGGGAACUGUAAUGAGGUCACUGGGGCAGAAUCCCACUGAAGCUGAGCUGCAGGAUAUGAUCAAUGAGGUUGAUGCUGAUCAAAAUGGAACCAUUGAUUUCCCUGAGUUCUUGAAUCUCAUGGCGCGUAAAAUGAAAGAUACUGAUUCUGAGGAGGAACUCAAGGAAGCUUUCAAGGUUUUUGAUAAGGAUCAAAAUGGCUUCAUCUCGGCUGCUGAGCUUCGUCAUGUGAUGACAAACCUUGGGGAGAAGUUGACUGAUGAAGAAGUUGAUGAGAUGAUCAGGGAAGCGGAUGUGGAUGGUGAUGGUCAGGUUAACUAUGAGGAAUUUGUGAGGAUGAUGCUUGCCAAGUAGUGUGAUUGUUUGAGAGUUUCCAGUUAAUGUAGUUUUAGUAAUACUGUCUCACCUUGUGAUCUAGACGAAGAUGUUUCUUCUUUACUUUUCCAAACUUGAGCAUAUUUGCCUUGGUUUAUCAAGGCUUGACGAUCACUGAGUUGAAUGUAGACCCUUUUGCCCUUGUUUGUAUAGCUCUAAUUUCAAAAGCUGAACCAGUUGCUCUUGACCGGGUUACUAGUAUAGCGUCAUACUGCUCAAGUAAAGCGCAGAAAAGCAAAUAGAUAUGCUACUUCCUUA